AUGGAAAAGGCCCCUGAAGACUUGGCUCUGCCGGCUGUGUUGGCCGAGGUGGCCAAGAUCGGCUUCAAUCGGGAGUGGGACGACGAGACCGACGAGUCUUGCGGUUGCGACUUCGAGCCCUACGAACACUUCGAGGCGCCAGAGGAGACUGCGUCGUGGUUUCGCCUGUGGACCGGUAACGACGAAGUCGAUGGCAGGCAAUUCCGUUUCUUCGGCUCGACCGCGGCAGGCGACUAUGCCGGUUUCUGGCUGGUUCGACCAGACGCGACGGUCACCAGGCAGCCCGUCGUCUUUAUCGGUUCAGAAGGUGAGCUCGGUGUGAUAGCUCAGGAUCUCGGUGAUCUGCUGUGGCUGUUCGCAAACGGUUCGGGCCCAGCCGAGGCAUUUGACAAUCCAGGGCGUGAGACGCAACAGAACGAGGCGUUCCGCGUGAUUGCAGAGAGAUACGCAGCACGAAGGAGCCGCUCCACAGCGGAGAUCGUCGCUACAGCACGGAAGGAGUUCCCAAAUUUCUCAGAGCUCAUCGGCGCGAUGUGUCGAUGA